AUGGAUCUUAGAGGCAAGGGCGUGGAUGAAGGCGGAGGAAGCGAAAUGGGAACUUCCGGUGCAGACGAGGUUGACACAUCUAAGCUAUUACGAGGAAUAGCUCGCCAGGUCAGAGAAGAAAUGAGGCAGGAUUUUGGAGGAGCAGGUUAUCCACUGGUGCACCAUGGUUGCACUAUUGACCAGUUCUCUCAUCUGAAACCCUCGUCUUUCGAGGGUGGCACCGAUCCAAUUAAGGCUGAGAUGUGGAUGCAGGAAAUGCAAAAAAAAAUCCUGGCAGUGAUGUAUUGUACUGAGGAGCAGAGGGUCCUUUUCGCCUCUUUCAAACUGGCCGGAGAAGCUGAACAGUGGUGGCAUGCGAUUAAAUUGUUAGAGGAACGACGAGUGGUACCAAUAGCGAUGACCUGUGGUCAUUUCAAGAAGUAUGCCGCUAAAUUCCUACAGUCGUCUCGUUUUGCACCUUCUGUAGUUCCAGAUGAAUAUCAGAAUGAUAGGGACCCGAAUCAGAGGAUCCAUGAGCAUAUGGAGUGUCUGCAGAUUCAUGAAUUCACGGAAUUGGUGGAGAAAGUUACGGUGGCAGAGUCGAGUUUGUAG